CGGUGCAUGCGGAUCAGUGGAGAAGGACAGAAGAGAAACGCGAUUGGUGCUGAUGGUGAUAGUGUGCCCCGGCUCCUUCCAACUGCAACUCAAGGAAUGAACUGAAGAUACGGCAGGAACCGGAGCAUUCACCAGCCUAUAUUUUUGUUUUCACUCAUCAAGCAAGGACCAAGAAAGCCACCGAUUGAUUUGACCGGUUACUCACAAGGGAUUUGGUCUAGGAGGCGGCAGGGAUUGAUUCAGUGAAAAACUACUGUCAUCCAGCGGCCAUCCAGUAUGGAGAACGCUCACACGAAGACAGUGGAGGAAGUUUACAGUAACUUCAAUGUAAACGAAAGCACCGGUCUGAGCUUAGAUCAAGUGAAGAAGCAAAAGGAGAAAUAUGGACCCAACGAACUCCCUGCGGAAGAAGGGAAAUCGCUAUGGGAACUGGUCCUAGAGCAGUUUGAAGACCUUCUCGUGAGGAUUCUGCUCUUGGCAGCAUGUAUAUCCUUUGUGCUGGCGUGGUUCGAGGAGGGGGAGGAGACCAUCACAGCCUUCGUGGAGCCCUUCGUCAUCCUCCUCAUCCUCAUCGCUAACGCCAUCGUCGGGGUCUGGCAGGAGCGCAAUGCGGAGAACGCCAUCGAGGCGCUGAAGGAGUACGAGCCGGAGAUGGGCAAGGUGUACCGGCAGGACAGGAAGAGCGUCCAGCGCAUCAAGGCCCGAGACAUCGUCCCCGGAGACAUCGUGGAGGUGGCCGUGGGUGACAAAGUUCCCGCCGACAUCCGGCUGACUUCAAUCAAGUCCACCACGCUCCGGGUAGACCAGUCCAUUCUGACAGGAGAGUCUGUCUCGGUCAUCAAGCACACUGACCCCGUUCCUGACCCCCGCGCAGUCAACCAGGACAAGAAGAAUAUGCUCUUCUCUGGCACCAACAUCGCGGCUGGCAAGGCGGUGGGUGUGGUGGUGGCCACGGCCGGCUCCACGGAGAUCGGCAAGAUCCGCGACGAGAUGGCGGGCACGGAGCAGGAGCGCACACCCCUGCAGCAGAAACUGGACGAGUUCGGACAGCAGCUCUCCAAGGUAAUCUCUCUGAUCUGCAUCGCUGUGUGGAUCAUCAACAUCGGCCACUUUAAUGACCCCGUGCACGGCGGAUCCUGGGUGCGAGGUGCUGUCUACUACUUCAAGAUCGCCGUGGCCCUAGCUGUCGCUGCCAUCCCAGAGGGUCUUCCUGCGGUCAUCACCACCUGCUUGGCUCUGGGUACCCGUCGCAUGGCUAAGAAGAACGCCAUCGUGCGCUCGCUACCCUCCGUUGAGACCCUGGGCUGCACCUCCGUCAUCUGCUCUGACAAGACGGGCACUCUCACCACCAAUCAGAUGUCUGUCUGCAGGAUGUUCAUCGUGGACCAGGUGCAGGGAGAUGGCUGCUCACUAAAGGAGUUCACCGUCACCGGCUCCACAUACGCCCCUGAAGGAGAAGUUUUCCACGAGGGCAAGGCGGUCAGGUGUUCCCAGUACGACGCCCUGGUGGAGAUGGCCACCAUCUGUGCUCUCUGCAAUGACUCAUCGCUCGACUACAAUGAGGCCAAAGGAGUGUAUGAGAAGGUUGGAGAGGCCACGGAGACGGCUCUGACCACCCUGGUGGAGAAGAUGAACGUCUUCGACACCGACGUCAAGGGCCUGUCCAAGAUCGAGAGGGCCAACGCCUGCAACUCCGUGGUGAAGCAGCUGAUGAAGAAGGAGUUUACUCUGGAGUUCUCGCGUGACAGGAAGUCCAUGUCUGUCUACUGCACCCCCAACAAGGCCCGCUCCUCCGUUGGCAAGAUGUUCGUCAAGGGGGCCCCAGAGGGCGUGGUUGACAGGUGUACUCAUAUCCGCGUGGGGGGCAACAAGGUGCCGUUGACGCCGGGCAUCAAGGAGAAGAUCAUGUCUGUGAUCCGCGAGUACGGUACAGGACGCGACACGCUGCGCUGCCUGGCCCUGGCCACUAGGGACAACCCGCCCGCCAAGGAGCAGCUCAAGCUGGAGGACUCCACACGCUUCGCUGAGUAUGAGACUGACCUGACGUUCGUGGGCCUGGUGGGCAUGCUGGACCCCCCGCGUACUGAAGUGGCCGCCUCCAUCAAGCUGUGCCGCAUGGCUGGCAUCCGCGUCAUCAUGAUCACCGGAGACAACAAGGGUACGGCGGUGGCCAUCUGCCGGCGCAUCGGCAUCUUCGGCGAGUCGGAGGACGUGACGGCCAUGGCCUACACGGGCCGCGAGUUCGACGACCUGGCGCCCGCUAAGCAGCGUGAGGCUGUACUGACGGCACGCUGCUUCGCCCGUGUCGAGCCCUCGCACAAGUCCAAGAUCGUGGAGUACCUGCAGUCCUACGACGAGAUCACUGCUAUGACUGGCGAUGGUGUGAACGACGCCCCUGCCCUGAAGAAGGCUGAGAUUGGCAUUGCCAUGGGAUCGGGCACGGCGGUCGCCAAGACGGCGUCCGAGAUGGUGCUCGCCGACGACAACUUCUCCACCAUAGUGGCAGCCGUGGAGGAGGGCAGAGCCAUCUACAACAACAUGAAGCAGUUCAUCAGAUACCUCAUCUCCUCCAACGUAGGAGAGGUCGUAUGUAUCUUCCUGACGGCCGCGUUGGGUUUCCCUGAGGCCCUGAUCCCAGUUCAGCUGCUCUGGGUGAACCUGGUGACUGACGGGCUCCCGGCCACCGCUCUGGGCUUCAACCCCCCCGACCUCGACAUCAUGAGCAAGUCGCCACGCAACGCCCGCGAACCCCUCAUCUCCGGGUGGCUCUUCUUCAGAUACCUCGCCAUCGGAUGCUAUGUGGGUGCUGGUACCGUUGGAGCUGCAGCCUGGUGGUUCGUUGCUGCUGAAGACGGACCCAAAAUUACCUUCUAUCAACUGUCCCACUUCCUCCAGUGUUCAGCUGAUAAUCCUGAGUUUGAGAACGUCCCCUGUGAGAUCUUCGCCAACCCCUACCCCAUGACCAUGGCACUGUCUGUCCUCGUCACCAUUGAGAUGUGCAACGCUCUCAACAGUGUGUCUGAGAACCAGUCUCUGCUGAGGAUGCCUCCCUGGGAGAACGUGUGGCUACUAGGCGCCAUCUGCCUCUCCAUGUCCCUCCACUUCCUCAUCCUCUACGUGGAGCCUCUGCCGAUGAUUUUCCAGAUCACUCCUCUGAACCUGACCCAGUGGCUGAUGGUCCUGAAGAUCUCACUGCCGGUGAUCCUGCUGGACGAGGUGCUGAAGUUUGCGGCGCGCAGCUGCAUGGACCGGCCAAAGGAGCUGGAGGAGGACAAGAAGGCGGGGGGCUGCUCUCUGGCGGGCUGCACCGAGGGCAUCUCCUGGCCCUUUGUGGCGCUCGCACUGCCCCUGGUGCUCUGGAUCUACAGCACCGACACCAACAUGGCCGACAUGUUCUUCUCCUCCUCCUGACUCAACACCUAACUAAGCACAACAACAACAACAACUACAACAACAACAAACAAACAAACAUCAGACGACAAACAAACAGCGAAACGAAACGAAACACCCCCCUGCCCUUCCCUGCCUUGCCACACCCCCCACCCCUCCAGACCCAUCCUCCUCCUCCUCCUCCUCCUCCUCCUCCUCCUCCUCCUCCUUCCUACUUCUCCUGUGUGUUGUAGCUGGUAGGGAAUCGUAUGUGUGUAAGCGUUUAGGUGUGUGUUUGCGUGCGAGGACGUGAAGUGUGUGGUGUGGGUUGGAUUGGGUUGGGUUUGUGUUGGGUUUGUGUUGGGUUGGGGUUGGGGUUGGGGUCGCGUGCGUCUCUUUCAGAAGAAGUGUGCCUGUACAUAAGGGAGCAUGCACGAGAAGGAAACGAGUUGUAAUGUUGUAACAACCAUAACAAUAAUAUAAGAGAGAAUUCUAAUGUUUCUUUUUAAUAAAAUAAAAGUGUAUUUGAGGGGGGGUGGGGGGGGGGUAUAAUAUGGGGAGCGGUAGGGGGGGCGGCACAUUAUUUUUUUUCCUUUUGAGUGUUUCUGGGAAGAUAUUUCUUUCGCCAUUGAGGUGGAAGCAUUUCCCCACCACAUUUGAUCUGAUGAUCAAGAUGUUUUUCUUUCUCGUUUGCCAUUUGGUUGCCUUUUUUUUAAAACAAAACAGAGUUUGUUUUAUGAUUUGAAAUAGUAACGUUUUUUUUUUCUUCCCUCCUCCAUAGUCUCAUUUCUUAAUCCAUAGACAUGUUUUCAUUCAUGUGUUGUUCUUGUGCCCCCUACUUUCUUUCCCCCUUGGAGAAGUUAUGGCUGAGAGAUUUGAACCCAAGGUCCAGAGAGAGAUGUGUACAGAGAUUUAACACUAUUUUAUGCAAGUCUUUUGUUUGCCUUUUUUAAAAAACUUUAUUUUCCUUUUAUUUUGACAUCUUUUUCUGUUGUAAAUGUGUUGUUUUGAUGUGGAGAGUGAGUGCACGGUUGUGUCGACGUUGGUCGCUAGAGAGUGAGUGCACGGUUGUGUCGACGUUGGUCGCUAGACGCUGUUUACUGAUGUUUACUGUUGUCCUUCAUCCGAACAAACAUCACACUCGUAAAGUAUGAACUGUGUGCGUCCUGCGUGCGUGCGUGUGUGUGCUCGUGUGUGCGUGUGCGUGCUUGUGUGAAUGUGUGUGUGUGUGUGUGUGUGCGUGCGUGCAUGUGUGAAUGUGUGUUUGUGCGUGCGCGCGUGCGUGCGGCUGAUCUUGAGUUCUAGAUGCAUGAGCUAGGGUCAGAGUUUGAGUGGUGUGGGGAUGGAAGGGAGGGAGGGAGGGAGGGAGGGGAGUUUUUGACGAGGGCAUCAGGGAUAUGAUAUGGGUGAUCAUUUCUUCCUAAGUAUCCUAUUUAAAUAACAAGAAAGAAAACAAGCAAAUUUGACCAUUCCUUCGAAAAAGCCUAAAGCGCUGCAUGUUUUUGUGAUCUUGCAUGCACUGUGCGUGGGUGGGAUUUAGCGCCCCCUCUCUUUAACCCCAGGAAUAGAUCUACGGCUGUGAGCGUGUGUUCCCCCAGUUAUGUAUAACAAUAAAACUUUGUCUUUUUCCCUUUUUUUUCUUUCUCUGAAAUGCUUGUAUUCCAUUUGAUGUUAAUUAUUCUAACAGUACAUUCUGAUCGAUCGGUAAAGCCAGUUCUUUCUGCACUAGGCAGAGCACAGCUACCUCAGUGGAGCCAGUCUCCAUUCCACCGCCAGGCCCCAUGUGCCCCCCCAGGCCCAUGUGCCCCCUUGGGGCCCCCCUGUGCCCCAGCUUCUCGCUUGCUAGCCUCCCUCACCUCUGGGCUUCUUCUAGAAGAGUAUACUAAGAAGCUGGUUUCUCGAAAGCAUCAUUGCUAACCAGUUACCAAUUGGAAAUUGCAUUUCAGCCAAGUAAGUUGCUAACUUUAAAAAUAUCUAAUAGAAGCGCCUGGAGUCCUCAUUUUCAAGAAUCAUCUUCUAUUAGAUGAUUUACCUCCUAACUCCACCUGGUUAACUCCUGAACUCCAGCUUCUUGCUAUAGGCCCCAGUAGAUUCACAAGCGUCAGUCUGUGACUCCGCUUCCUCCACUCCCCCCAUCGCCCCCUGCUGGCCCUGCCCUGCCACCACCUGUGAUUUGCUCAUGCAGAAAACAAACGAACGAGUAGAAAAAAAAUCGAGACCAAAUCAUUCCCAUUUUUUUGUUUUGUUUCUUUUUUUCCCUUUUUUAAAAAGAAUUUGUUUUUGUCUAAAUGUGUUUUAUAAUUGACUUUGACAUAGAUUAACUUAAUUUUUUGUUCAUUUGGGUGUGUGUGUUGUUUUUUCCUGUGUCCUUGGGUGGGUGGGUUGGUGGGUGGGUUUGGACCAUAUUAGGAUGUAAAUGUUACCAAUAGGGGAUAUUUCAAAAGGGGUGUGCGUAUGUGUGUAUGAAUCAGAAGAUACGACAACAAUAAAAACCAAGAUUGUGAGGAAUUUUUAUUUUCUCCGUUAAAGUGGCGGUUGGUUAUUCUGUACAUGAACUUGACUUGGCGCCAUGGAGAUAGAACAGCUAUUGUCACACUUUUAUUUUCUACAUGGAAAGAAAAUACACUCUCAUGAUACAUACGAA